AUGGCGAGUCAGGAGACGAAUAAUAUUAAUAUUACCCCUACCUACACGUCUGAAACCCCAGGUGAAAUCGGAAGCACAAACACGGAUUACUUUCCUAAGACUUCUGAUGCACAUAUCGAACCCUGUGAGCCUUUCUACGAUGGAUAUUGUUUGCAUGGUGGUGUUUGUAAAUGGCUAACCGGUAUCGAUAAACCAUCGUGCGACUGUAUAUCUGGUUACAGAGGGGCACGGUGUCAGUACAGAUCGCUUGCAACAGGAGAAGAAGAGCGACUUUUUGGAGAUUAUUGGGAAGUUUUCAUCAUUGGAACUAUAUUUGGUAUAGUGAUCCUCCUAACGCUGAUUGGGGCAAUUGUAUACGUGGUUCGGAAAAGAAAGGAGGCUAAGACAAGGAGGCGGACUAUGGAGGAGUCGGCGGACGCCUUUAUCCAGAGUAACUUCCAACCGGGCUCUGACAUCGAGCAGCAACAACACCACCAACAACAACAACCGGAUAAUAAUCAAAAUAAAGCAGCAGACAGAUACAUGAGGUUACCCACCAACGAAAGGUACCCAAUCGUCGAGACAGCAGUCGACAGCGAGACUCUUCGGUCGACAACGUUCGGCAACUCACAUCCCAGCUCGGGGUCUUUCAGGCUACAAGACCCUCCCUUCAGGAAAGGCUCGAACCACUCAACCACAUCAGUAUCAAGGGAGAGUACUGUAUGAUAUCUUGCAUGAUGGCAUGAUCGUAAUUAUUAUUUCAUUCUUGGCCGUCUCAUCACUCCAUCUCUCACCCCUCAUGUGUUCUCUUGAUGUCUAAACGAAAGCUGAAUUGGUGGAAGUUUAUUCGGAUCAGGGGAGAGUUUCAUGAAAGGGCUUGUCCGACGUUUUAUCGGACAGUUACCAUAGUACCAGUGCUUCUCAGCCAAUCAGAAUCAAGGAAAGACGUCAGAUACAACUUGUCGGACGAUAAAAUUGAUAUUUAAUGAAACACUCCCCGGAAAUGGUUGGACCGGUAGAGCAUGCCGGGAAACAUUGGGGAUUGUGUCCCCCAUUCCAGGUCUAGAGAAAAUUUCAUCGUAGCUAUUGGAGGAGGAAACUUGGUGAUUCGAAUGAAUUUUUGGGUCGACAAUCAAUUUCUGUUUUAAAAAGCUCAACACAUACAGGCGUUGCACUUAUAUGCACGAUAUUUAAAAAAAGGCAUAAUAGUCAACAAAAUGAGUGACGAUAUUUAAUGUCAUAUUGACGAAACUAUGUUCUCUACUCGUUGAACAAUUAUAUUUGUUUGACAAAUAUCAUCUCCAUAUUUCUACUAUGAGUAUGUAUAAAUGGAAACAUUUAAUUUGUCUUGAAGUGAGAGAAAAAAGGGAAACUUUUUAUCUGCCAAUUCUGGCAAGUCGAUGUAUUUUAUGGCAUUUAAAUGUUUGUAAAGACAUUCUGUGUAUAAAUAAUUUAUUGUCUCUUAUAUAAAAUUGUUAUUGUAUAGUGUGUAUUUAAUCCCUAUAAUGUUUAUACAAUGGCUAUAUUUUGUAUUUUUGAAAUAAUAUUUAGCCAAACGAAAAAUAUCACGAUUUUUUUGUUACAAAUGCCUGAGGCGAUUUCAAUAUAUCAUGACAGAGUCAACAUCAUUAUCAUCUCGUCUGUGGGAUCAUUUUGUCGUAAGUGAGAAAUAUUCUAGGUAUAAUUGAAAACACAGUCGUAUAGUUAGUAUAUUUAGUAGUAUAUACAUUAUAAAGGUAAUAUAUAUCUACUCUCAUUCCCAUAUUUCAAUUUCAUUUUGGAGAUGUAUCCUAAAAAUACGAUAUUUUUAGAACAUUUUAUGUUUAAUUAUUAUUUGAAACCGUGUGAAGUUCACAAUGGAAUAAGGUAUGCAUAUUUAGAUGCAAGGUAUCUACUCUUAAUCUGAUUUCGUAAUAUUACUACUUAAAAAGAAAUAUAUAUUUAUGCUCCUUUUCUGUGAUAUUUGAAAAACAGUAUACAGGUAGCCAUAUAUCAAAUGUUCGUGAUUAAACGACAGCAAGGUUAAAAAUCUUUUCAGUGUUUUAUAAUGGAAUCAGUACUAAAUUUACUUAUGUAAUGAAAUUUUACUGUUGAUACCAUAAUUAUCAUGAGGUGCAUUAUGGUAUACACGUAUGAUCGUGAAACUGAUUCUGACCAAAAUAAUUUGCAUGACGAAUCGCUGACGUAUCUGUUAGACCAUAGAGCUAUUAAUGGUUAGACUAUUUUAGACAAUUCGAGCUCAUGACGAAAUAUUUAUAGUAGUAAAUAGGAAAACAAAAACACGAAUUACUGUUAUCAUUCCAGAAUAUAUUAUUAUUAAGGUGUUAAUUUUUAUUUUUGUAUACAAUUGCAAAGCGUGUUGCUAAUAGUCUUUAAAAUCAAACCCUAGUAGAUGUCGUGUAUUAUGCCCACUGUACUAUUCGUGUGGUGUUGAUUCAUUUUUCUCCAUCCUUUUUCGUUUUUCAUUUUUUAAUUAUUUUUGUUCUUCCCUUUUUUUUGGGGGGGGGGGCGAGGUAUCUUAUGUGAUAUGUAAUGUGUACAUCAUCAUAACCGUAUUACUGUCUGGUAACUGUAAACUGUGAUUAAAAGAAUGAAAAGGUUUCAAAACAAGGAAGGUACGGAUAGUAUGUCAUUUUAUUAAAUGGAAAGUCCCCCGGCAUGGAAUCAGUCUUUUCUCUGGUUUCAGCCACUUUCUUCUCUUGUCAGUCACCUUUGGUCACUCCAUAUUCUCAGCACAACCUUCUAAUAUCAGUUUUUUAAUUCAGUUAAUUUACAUACAUACUGGAGAUUUCUUUUAUAACAGCCCCCCCCCCCCCCCUUUCAGCCAUAUUCCACCCUUUUUUAUAUUUUAUUUGAAUCCCCUCAUUCUAAAGGCUGAAGUUCACUGCAACGAAAUCUAAAGGAGGAUAUUUAUAUUAAGUAAUAUAUUGUGCUCGUAGCGUAUGUAUUCGUUUUCUAAAUAGUAUAUUUUGUUCUUGCAAAGCAAAGUAUGGUAUGAUAUGAUGAAAUAUUAUGAUCACUAUUACUAUGGAACAAAUAUUUUAAAUAGACGUUCAUUUGAGAUUGUUAUAAAUAAACUAUUUUUGUUGCUGCAAUUGUUCAAAUGCAAUUCAAAG